AUGGUAGUAAAAAACACAAACCAAAUAGAGGAAUCCACUAAUUUCACUUCUGAUUUCAAAGCUGAAAUUAAAGCUUUUGAUGAUUCAAAAGCAGGUGUCAAAGGUUUGGUGGAGUCCGGGGUUUCAAAGAUCCCACACAUUUUUCAUACUGGGAAAUUGGACAUCGGUGAAAACUCUGCUAGUGACUCCAACUUGAAUGUUCCCAUUGUAGACCUCCAAGACAUACAGAUCAAUCCAACUCUGCGUGCGGAGGUAAUUGACCAAAUAACAAGUGCUUGCCAUGAGUGGGGAUUUUUUCAAGUGAUUAAUCAUGGAAUUCCCGUCACUGUCUUGGAUGAAAUGAUUGAUGGAAUCCGUAGGUUUCAUGAACAAGAUGCUGAUGUAAGAAAAGAGUUUUACACUCGUGAUAAAAAGAAAAAAGUUGCGUAUGUCUCCAAUGGAACCUUGUUUAGUGGCCAAGCUGCUAAUUGGAGAGAUACAUUUGGUUUUGUUGUUGCUCCUGAUCCUUUCAAACCAGAAGAUAUACCACCAAUAUGCAGGUAA